AACUUGAUAUAUAGAUUCCUGACCACCUAAAGGUGAUGUCUAGCCCAUGUGAACUUUGGUGAUUUCGCCCGCGUUUAGCGUUGCUUAACUGUUGAAUCUAUAACCACGAAUUUAAAAAGGGCACUUGCAGACGUUUAAGUUCAUGAUUUUAUUCACGAAGUAGGUUAGUACAAUUAAUCACAAAUCGGUACAACGGAAGUUCAUUUAGGUCAAAUAGUUCGGACACUGGACACGUAAAAGGCUAGCGCAUCUGUAUUUAGGCUUAAUGAAGCAUGUGGAAAAUGCUUUUUCUAACAUAAUAAAUGAAAAAAAUUGGCAAUUAGAUCAAUAAAUUCUGAAUGACGUUGAUGCGGAUGGAAAGAUUCUUCAAUCCGCAAAGUGAAUGUCUCCCCCACCACAAAUUUAUAUUCUCAGACCACAGCGAUUCCCGUUGUUCAUUUAAUUAUUACAAUGGCACUCUUAGAAAGGACUUUUUUCAGUUUGACAAGUAAAUUAAAUUUCAAAGGAAUGCGACACAUUCUUAUUCCCGACACUCCUACGAUCGUUAUUCCAGUGAGAGGAGCCAAGCAGAAAUACCAUCCAGAUUCUUUCAUUGGCUUCAGAGUUGAACCAAGAGAAAAUCACAACCGGCAAUAUGUAUCUCAUCCUCUUAUUUAUAAAGAUGCUGACCCAGCUCCAAGAUUCAUGGAUGCUCGUGUCCGUGCUAUUCUGAAGGACUUGACGGGUUGUGACCAUAGCAAAGUCUUCAGACAUCGUGCCCUGUUGUCAAUCUCUGCUCCUGAGAUUGUGUUUUUCACAGAUGAACAACUGAAAAUUGCUCAAAAUGAUGCUAAGAUAAAGGCUGACAAGUUACUGUCAAUGCCACCUGUGGUUAAGGUCCGAGCUGAGGAAGUGCAAGACAUCAGUUUUGAUCCUGCCUUGCAGGGCAUCAUGCCAAACUUCAAAAUUGUUUUCACUGACAUCUCUCUUGGGAUACCUGAUAAUAAACGUAUCAUUGUUGUGAGGGAGAACAGCGGCAAGCUAAGGCAUGCCAAUGGGGCAGAACGUCAAAGAAUGAAUGAAAUCUACAAUCCUCGUAAAGGCCGCAAGCAUUACGUAUCUGAGCUUUUUACCGCCAAAUGCCUGCCUGAUGUACUGGCACGAGGACAGUACGAGUUUGUGCUGGAUCGUGCCUGCCUUCAGUUCGAGCCUGAUGAGCCGGAGUAUCAAAGUGUGGUAGCUUAUGUUUAUGAAGCUCUAGAUAAGAAGCAGCACUACGACUCGCUCCUCUCGACACGACACUACGGCCCUAUGCUCUUCUUCCUUGUCUGGCACAAGUGCUUGAAUAAUUUCCUAGAGCAUCAUCUCAUGGCUGGCAGGUUGGAUGUUGCUAGUCAGGUUGUGAAGUUGUACUGCCUCCUGCAUCAGAAGAGUGACGUUGCUAAAGCGAUGACAGACUUCAGAGACCCGAUGCAUGUUGUGCAGACAUUUGUGUCCCUAGAAUGCAUGGACACCUCGGCACGCGUGCAGCUCGCCCUGAAGCAAUGCAAGGAAUUAUUACGCAGUCAGCAGCAAGUGGAACAGAAUGUUGCUGCUGCCCUUGGUCAAUCAUCCUGAAUACAAUUAAAUUGUUUAAAUACUCGUCAAAGUAUGUGCAGUUGCCAGGCUUAUAAAUCAAUGCAAAAUGUGUUGACAAGUGAAGCGAAAAUUAAGUUGGCUUUGUAAGUUAUCGAACAGUUGAAUUUUAUCACGUUUCUCAAAAUUCUUUGUAAAUAAAAAUUCUUUAC